AUGACAGCUCCUGGAUUUACCGUCAGUGCCUUCAUCCUUCUGUUGCAUGUUAGUUUUGUGGCUAAUUAUCCCAGCGGAAAAGUAACAAAGUCAUGCCGUGGAAUGAUUCCUGAGCAUGGUCAUACCCCACAGUAUCAUCCUGUUCACCACAUUUCAGUGAGUCAGGUGACAUUCAGGCCAGGAGAUCAAAUCAAAGUUACUUUGUCAGGGCCACCAUUUAAAGGCUUUCUCUUAGAAGCACGUGACGCUGAGAAUUUGAGUGGCCCUCCUGUUGGCUCCUUCACAUUGAUUGACAGUCACGUGUCACAGCUUCUGACUUGUGAAGAUGUACAGGGAUCAGCUGUAAGUCAUAGAAGUCCAUCAAAGAAAACAGAAAUCAAGGUCUAUUGGGAUGCUCCAAGCAGUGCCCCAAAUCACAUAAUCUUCCUAGCCACAGUUGUUGAGAAGUACAAAAUCUAUUGGGUGAAGAUUCCUGGUCCUAUAAUUUCACAACCAAAUGUACUUCCUUUUACAACACCUGAAGCUACAAUAGCACCAAUGCCAACGGUACCUUCAGUCUCCCAUUUAACAAGAUCAUUCAGUGCUUCAGACUGUGGGAACAAGAAGUUCUGUAUCAGGAGUCCUUUGAACUGUGACCCAGAGAAGGAGCGUGCCUGUGUCUUCUUGUCCUUCACACGAGAUGACCAAUCAGUGAUGGUUGAAAUGAGCGGUCCCAGUAGAGGCUAUUUAUCCUUCGCAUUUUCUCAUGACCAAUGGAUGGGUGACGAUGAUGCUUAUGUGUGUAUUCUUGAAGAUCAGAUUGUCCACAUACAACCUUCCCAUUUGACAGGGCGAAGUCACCCUAUAAUGGAUUCUGGGGAUCCUCUUGAGGACAUGGCUUGGAGGUUGGCGGAUGGUGUUAUGCAGUGUUCUUUCAGAAGAAACAUUACCCUUCCUGGGGUUAAGAAUAGAUUUGAUCUAAAUGCAAGCUACUACAUAUUUAUAGCAGAUGGUGCAGCUGCUGAUGGUCGAAUUCAUAAGCAUUCUCAGCAACCUUUGAUUACAUAUGAAAGAUACAAUGUGACAGGUGAUCCAAAAAACAUAGGAGGAUCCCGUUCUUUACUCCUUCUGAAGGUUCAUGGUGCCUUAAUGUUUGUGGCAUGGAUGACCACUGUUAGUGUAGGUGUACUGAUUGCCCGGUUCUUCAAACCUGUUUGGUCAAAGGCUUUAUUUGGUGAUGCAGCUUGGUUUCAGGUGCAUCGAACUCUCAUGCUCACUACUUCUGCCCUCACCUUUAUUGCUUUCCUUCUGCCUUUUAUUUACAGAGGAGGCUGGAACUGGCACGCAGGUUAUCACCCAUACCUUGGUUUUUUAGUGAUGGCUUUAGCAGUUCUUCAGCUUCUUUUGGCAGCUUUCAGACCACCUUUACAUGACCCAAGAAGGAAAAUGUUUAACUGGACUCAUUGGAGUAUGGGAACAGCUGCUAGGAUAAUAGCAGUGGCAGCAAUGUUCCUGGGAAUGGAUUUGCCAGGACUGAAUCUUCCUGGCCCAUGGAAAACCUAUGCAAUGAUUGGAUUUGUAGCCUGGCACGUUGGGACAGAGAUUAUUCUGGAGAUACACGCUUACCGACUCUCUAGAAAAGUUGAAAUACUGGAUGAUGAUAGAAUUCAGAUCCUCCAGUCGUUUACUGCAGCUGAAGCAGAAGGUUAUGUUUUUAAAAAGGUGGUGUUAGCAAUUUAUGUUUGUGGGAAUUUGACUUUUCUCACUAUGUUCUUAUCUGCAAUCAACCGUCUAUGA